AUUUCCAUGCUUUCAAAAUUAUUGUAAAGUCUCAAGCAGAGUAUCAAAAUAAAUUAACAUUAAUGAAGAAAAAUUACGACAGCAGUUUAAAGGCAGUGAAUGAAAGGCAUAAAAAAAAUAUCGAAAUUUUACAAACUCAGUUCGAAGACAAUUUAAAAAGUGAAAGAAUUUUUGAUUCGGAAAACUGGUUGCAGUCACUAAACAUGAAAGAAUUAAUGGAACUUAACGAACGGAUAAGCGUAAUUAUUAAUAGCAAUUCAAAUUUAAUGUGUGCAAAAAAUAAAAAUCAGUGUUUUUGCGAAAAUGAUGUACACAAGGAAUUUUAUACAAAAAUUGACGAAAUAGAAGAAAAGAUAGAAAUGAGGCCAAAAAAUAUAUAUGGAAGAGAACAAACUAAUACACGAUUAGAAAAGCAAUGGCCACUUACCAUUUUUAAUGAUAUACAAAAUUACCCAACUUUACAAAGACAAGAUGAUAAACUUAGUAUGGAGCACAGUAUUAGAUAUCGUUAUUGCGAAGAAAAGCCCUCAGAACUGGAAAACAAAUAUGAAAAAGAAAAACAAGUAGAAAAAGAUAGUACUUUUGAUCAACAAAGAUGGAAUUUUAUAAAGCAAUGUAGCGCAUACCAUAAAUUGAGCACCACUUACGAAUAUUCGCGGACUAUUCACACAGAUUAAUUUUAUUAGAAAGUUUUUUUUUAAAUAAAACUUCUUAAUAAAUUAUAAAAAAAUAAUUUAUAAAAAUUUGCAACAAGUGCAACAUAUUUUUACGCACUUAUUCCAAAUUUUAAUGUUGCAAUAUUUUUGAUACUUCAUUUGUUCAACUGCGG